AACGGGUAAUCUGAUCUAUCAAGGCGAACACCUGUGUUUAUAAGUGCAUGUGGAUUUCAAUUUACCGAAGACGCCGGGGAAAGUAUGUUUGGUCAAGUGCUGAAGCCAAAUGAUACAAUGAAUGCUGGCCGACUGUGGUUGCACAGGACUUUUGGAGAAUAUUCAUUAGCUUAUUAGUUGGUACAUGUCUCGGUCACUAUCUUUUAAUUGGCAGCGACUAUGCAUGCCUUUUCCAUGACGGGUUCAAUGGCGUUCAUAAGAACUCAAGCGGAGACAUUUAGAAACGCAUAAUUUGAUUUCCACUGACGCGACAACGCCAAGUUAUUUUGGUUACGUGAACAAAUUAAUACAACCUGACAUUUUGUCAGUAACAGCGCCGAGGUAAUUGUUUUUAACUCGGUUUGAUCUUUGCAAUCAACGCACUUUGUGACUAAUUGCUGUCGUAAUUGCUAAACUGUUCAGUUCAUCUCGGAGCGAUCUAAGAGCGAGGCACUUGAGGGUGAAGAGCGAGCCUGCUCUUCGAUCAGCUGUUGGACUGCUUGGCCAAGCUAUAAGAGACUAAACGCACGACGGCGGCUAAGAGAGCCGGAGAGCGGGAGCGGUUCACCUACACCUGAGCAGCGAGCUUGGCUCAAAUGGCACACACAUAGACGCCAAGACGGCGACUGCGAGUGUGUCGGUGCGGUGGCAAGCGGUUAAAACCUUUCUAUAAAAAUUUUAUAAACGUAUCAGUUGUCUGCGAAGCGGUGCACAAAACGGACGUGUAAUCGGAAGACGCGCGAAAACGGUUCGAAAAUCGGAAUACCGCCUGUACACGCAACACAUAGGAAAUCGAAAUCCAAUCAAAUGCCUUAAUCGCAUUCAGCCAAAGCUCGCGGACUUCGCUUACAAGUUGUUUCGUUCACGGGCCGACGGAACAAUCAACAAUCCACCAUCCACAAUCCACUAUCUACCUAGUCGCUCGCGGCACGAGUGGCGCAUGCGCGACCUGUCUGUGUUGGUGUCUUACUUCUAACGACCAGUGUUUCCUUUGUUUAAAAGUGCAUCCAGAAAAGCCCCAGUUUGAUAUGGAAAAGUGGCGACGAGAGCAGCAGUAGCAGCAAAAGUGGAAAAGUCGCUAAAUCCAGUAUCCAAUCCUGUACGGGAAGGCAAUAAUGACGGCCAUGCCCGUGGUGUGGUGCACCGAUCCGAACUCGGUGAACAACAAGCCCACGGCGUUCGCCCUGCACGGAAUCCAACUGCAAGGGAAUGUAACAGAGAAGCAAGUCCACGCCCUCCGGGAGCUGGUGAACGCCGCCGCCGAGGGCCGGCUCAUCCUGCCCUCAGAUGGCACCUUCACGCUGCUGGACAGCGGGCUCAGCAUCGAGAGCUCCAUCGUUGAGCAGCAGGCAAGCAACCCGGCCAGCCCCGGCGAGCCACCGGCAGGUGGCCAGUUGACCCAGGCGAAGAGCCCCAAGAACACCUACAUCCUGAUGCCCGUGAACAAGGCGGAGGGUUCCAAGCAAGGGGGAGGAGCGUUGGCGGGAGCCGGAGCUCCGACGGGGCAGGCGAUUGCAGCCGCUGCCGCCCAACUUGAGUUCCUGCUGGAGCCCAAGUACUCGCCCACGCCGGACAGCAACCCUGGGACGGACGCCAAUGCUGCGGCGGCAGAAGGCGGGGCGACCGAGGAGGUUCUGUACGAGUUCCUGUGCUGCGCCAAGUGCAUGAACGAGCAGCGGACCGGACCCACUUGCGCCGGGCGGCGGCUGCAGCGCUACUUGAGGACCUGCAGCAGUGGCAGUGGCAGGAGCGACUACGAGCCGGUCAACGACCCAGCUCCGUGGCAGCUGCAACUGGAUCCUGUCAGCAGCAUCGCCAGCAAGUACGCGCGCAGACAGCAGCGACACCGGCAGCACGGCACGGUCUCCAUGGGCAUCGCACGUAACCGCACCCAUCGCCAUCACAAAUUACCCAUGCACAGUGUUAAAAUCUUUCAUAAUCGCAGCACUUACACGCCAGCGACCACGGCGACAGGAGCGGUGGCAAUAGCUGCGCCAAACGCUUGCCUUGUGGGCGGAGGCCGAGAAGCGUCGGCCGUUGCGGUGCCGAUUCCCGGUCCGAUUCCGAGCUCGGUUCCGAAUCGGAAUCGCAAUCCGAAUUCCAAGCCCAGCCCACCGACUAGAGCGAGUGUCGUCAGUGAAGCGUUUAGUUUGCUACCGACUGCGGCGCGAUCUACAUCUACAUCGCAGGCAGAAACAACACCGACAGCAGAGGCGAGUCUGCCCGUUUACGCUCUUGUGAAUAAAAACCGCCAGUUGGCCGGCGGUGACAAGACUGAGGAGGUGACCACCACCGCCGCAAGCAUGCUGGCCGUGGUGCCCGAGGAGCCGUCGCCGCAGCCCGCCGCCGACGGGCGCGACCUGAUCAGCUUCGACGACGACCAGGCACAAGUGGCCACUGGGGUGGGGGAUGUGGGCCAGCAGGCGGGACCUGCUGUGGACCUGCUGUGCGCGCCCAACGAGGAGGACACCCUGUUGGCCCUGCUGGAGACGCCGCCGGCCACACCGCCCAAGCCCUGCUCCCCGGGCAGCAAUAACUCGAGCCGCAAGACCAGCUUUGACUCCACCAGCACGCUCAGCUCCAUGGACUCUGGUUUCAUGGAGAUGCAGAACAAACUGGAUGCCCUGGCGGCAGCCGCAGCGGCAGCGGCAGCAAGUUCUUCAGGCGAAGCAGCAGCAGCAACGACGUCGUCGAACGGCGAGAAAACGGAGCGGUGCAUCUACAAGGAGUGUCUAACGCAGUCGCGGAACCGCCGAAAAUCCUACGAGGAGUUCAAAGCUAUGUUUGUUGAACCCGCCGCGGACGCAGCCACGACUGCGACCAUGCCACCGCCGGUUGCAACGACGACGGAUGACGCAACAGCAGCCAGCAACACUGUGAUCCCACUUUCCUCGAUUUCAGAACAAGAAACCACAGGCAGCCGCGGUGCGAGAGGCAAACCGGAUUGCGCAAACGAGUUUGCCGCCAGCGCCGAUGAAAUGGAUACCGGCGACGGUGACAGUGAUGGUGAAAAAGGCGCUGCUGCCGAAGGCGUUCUAGCAGCAGCAUCAGCAGCGGCAGCAACAACAACCGCAGCAGCAAUACCUUCAGUCAGCAGCACCACCACAGAGGCGAUGCGAAAGAACUCGGAUUUUCUAUCGCAGAUUCUCGAUCACCAAUUUGCGGCCAAGGAGCGCGCCAAGGCGCACAAGCGUCGCACUUCGUACGAGGAAUUCAAGCGUCUGGUUAACGAAAUCGAGCCACUGGAAUGCCCCGAUUCCGAUUCCCCGCCCCUCGGCUCGGCUGUGGUCGCACCCACGACCGCAGCAGCAGCAACAGCAGCCACAUCGCCGCUGAAGCGCCAGAACUCGCGGCAGCGCAAGAGCUUCGCCAGCUACUUUCUGCCGCGCCGACACUCGACCAAAGAACAAAAGACUGACAAGGAGAACUGCGCCCGGGAUCUGAACGUGGCGCCGCAGGAGCAGCAGGAGCAGCAGCUGGUGGCUUACAGCAAGGCGCCGGCAGCCAAGGGGAACGGCAGCGAGAGCGCCGGCUCCCACUACAGGCGCAACUUUAAGAUCUACGACAAGCUGGUCUACGGCACCAUCUACGACAUCAUCCAGCGCAAGAACGACAUCUACCAGAAGUACGACAAGUACAUGACCUACGGCACCAUCUACGAGAUCCUGCACCGCAAGUCCUCGCAGGGCGGCGACAGAUGGCAGCGCAAGAGCCUCAGCUCGAUCCUGGAGGGCGGUCGCUCCUCGGGCGACGUCAUCUACGACAUCGUCCAGAGGCGGGAGCGCGAGAAGCAGCGUCAGCAGCGCACUCUGGAGUCCCUGGCUCCGGAGCCUGUGUCCGCGCCGAGUGGCCACAAGUACGGAACGAUCUACGACAUCCUGCAGAGCGAGAGACCGAAUGCCGGCCGUGCUGCCGUUAAGCCGAACCCCAAGCCAACGCGCUUCGUGGUCAGCCAGGUGGAGGAGCCCGUCCAGACGCCGCCGGCUGAGCAGUCCGAGCCGGGUGCUGCGGACUCUGGCGCUGCAAAGUCCAGCAAGCCGCACAAGAUGCGUCGCCUGUCGCACAUCCUAAGCUACAAUCGAAAUGCUGCCGAGGAUCAGCCGGAUGCUGCUGCCAAGGAGGAGGCCAAAAGCCAAAAGAAGCGCACCCAGGCCAAGCGGCGCGUUGGGGUCACCAACCUCCUGCUGCCACUGGACUCGGAAGAGGUCUAUACGCGCAUCAUCGCCCAGCAGCGAAGGCUCGAAAAGGAGCGCGAUCAGGAGGCAGAGAGCAGCAGCGAGCCGGAGCCGUGCCCCCGCAAUGCACUGACAAAGUCCAGCUCGCUGGACGCCAUCUCCCUCUCCGUGGCUGUCUCGCCAGCGUCGUCGCCCUCCCCACCGCGUCCCCGCCGCAGCCUCAAGCAGCACCGCUGUCUCCAGCAGCGGCAUCAGAUGCCUCUGGUCAAGAAGCACUCGCUGGACAACUGCCUCCAGAUGUCGGCGGCCAUUCCCAGCCGACAGCCGCUCCGCCGCUGGUCCAACCAGACGCCCCUCAAGUGCACCUGCCCGCACGCUUCCGAGGAGCUGACCGCCAACGAGAAGUCCCGCUCGCUCCCCACCGCCUGCUCCGCCCCCUGCUCCCAAACGUGUGCGAACCCAAGCUCAGUCGAUCAGAGCCCGGCCACAGCAAAGUCCUUCGGAAAAACGCCAACGAAAACGGCCAAGAAAGGCAAAUCGCGUCGGCUCUCAGAAUUUACGCACGGUGAAUUUUUAAAUGAAAAAUCCUGGUACUUCCGCAAAAUCAAACGCAUUGAGGCUGAGAAAAAACUUCUACUGCCAGAGAACGAGCACGGUGCAUUUUUAAUUCGAGAUUCCGAGAGCCGUCACAACGACUAUUCGCUAUCAGUGCGCGAUGGCGAUACGGUUAAGCACUAUCGCAUCAGACAGUUGGACGAGGGCGGCUUCUUCAUCGCCAGACGCACAACUUUCAGAACCCUCCAGGAGCUGGUCGAACACUACUCCAAGGACUCGGAUGGCCUGUGCGUCAACCUCUGCAAGCCGUGUGUUCAGAUCGAGAAACCUGUCACCGAGGGACUUUCGCAUCGCACCCGCGAUCAGUGGGAGAUCGAUAGGACGUCCCUCAAGUUUGUGCGCAAACUGGGCUCUGGACAGUUCGGAGAUGUGUGGGAGGGACUGUGGAACAACACGACACCCGUGGCCAUUAAGACCCUGAAGUCCGGCACAAUGGACCCGAAGGACUUCUUAGCGGAAGCACAGAUCAUGAAGAAACUGCGCCACACUAAGCUUAUACAGCUGUACGCUGUCUGCACUGUAGAGGAGCCCAUCUACAUUAUCACGGAGUUGAUGAAGCACGGUUCACUGCUGGAAUAUCUACAAGGCAAGGGUCGUAGCCUCAAAAUGCAGACGCUGAUUGAUAUGGCCGCGCAAAUAGCUGCUGGCAUGGCCUACCUGGAGUCUCAAAACUACAUUCACAGAGAUUUGGCGGCACGCAAUGUACUUGUUGGCGAUGGUAACAUCGUCAAGAUUGCCGACUUCGGUUUGGCCAGGCUCAUUAAGGAGGACGAGUACGAGGCACGAGUGGGCGCCCGCUUCCCCAUCAAAUGGACGGCUCCCGAGGCAGCAAACUACAGCAAAUUCUCAAUCAAGUCCGACGUCUGGAGCUUCGGAAUUCUUCUUACAGAGCUGGUCACAUACGGACGCAUACCAUAUCCAGGUAUGACCAACGCCGAAGUCUUAACACAAGUGGAGCACGGCUACCGGAUGCCGCAACCGCCCAACUGCGAGCCUCGCUUGUACGAGAUUAUGCUGGAGUGUUGGCACAAAGAUCCGAUGCGCAGACCCACGUUUGAGACGCUCCAGUGGAAGCUGGAGGACUUCUACACAUCCGAUCAAAGCGACUACAAAGAGGCGCAGGCCUACUGAUAAAUGCUUUACCGAGUCACGAACGCGGCUAGCACACGUGACGAGAAGCAAGAGAGCUGCAAAUAAUCGCCGGGCAUCCCAAAACGGACAAUUCUUACUAAGUUACUUACUUGAGUUUUGCAUAGGUUUUCUACUGCUGCACAUCGCGAAAUGGGGCCAUCUUCAGGGCCCUUGGGUGUGCUUGUCUAGGUAACUCCAUACGAUACGAUUCAUGUUAUUAGCGUUUAAGCUAACAAGUAGUUGCUAAGAUGGAUGCAACUUCAUUGGACGUUCCAUUGGGACAUUCGUUUUGUUGUUUAUUAUGACAAAAAUAUGAAUACUUGGUACGUUCUGACACCCUUGUCGUAUUUUUCGAUUAAUCUAUUACACGUAUUAUUAUUCAUAUAAUGCAUAAAGCAUAUACAUACGCGCAUACACACUUAUAUAUAUAUAUGAACACUUACAUAUAGAUAUACAGCCGUAUAGUCAGAAGUAUGCCUAGGAACCUCCUUUAUUCAAAUAUGCAAGCACACACUUCCCCCAACCCUGAUUUUUUAGUUAAUAGGCAAAUCUGAAAACAACAUUUGCAGCUUGCAAAUGUAAACAAAUGAUUCGCUUUUAGUUAAUUCAUUACGUACGUGUCUUACCCCAACUCUCACUCAACAUUAUCAACGACAUUAUAUGCUUUAUCACAAAUAGAAAAGUAAAAAGCGAAACCAACGCCAAUCAUCAAGUGCUAGCUAUACGCUACUUUGCCGUGCGCAGCAGCUAAAAUCCAUAUGAUUAAUUAUUUAGAGUUAAACUGUAAUUUGUAACCAUUUAAUAAUAUUCAGCUUAUGAUUAAACAUACAUACAUAUAUACAAAACGUGUACAUUUAGAACAAGGAUAAUAAAUUUCUCUAUAAUUUAUAAAUCUAAAA